UGGACUUUGAGGUGGGCGGGCCCCGGGAGGGGCGGUUCCCGGCUCGUCCCUAGGCCUUGAGCUGGUGGAAGAGAUAGGCAGGACCUUGAACCUGUGCUCCUGAGUGGAAAGAAGGCAUUCCUGCAAGCGCGAAGGCACUGCGCGUCAGACCACAUUCUUAGACCCUCUGUUAGAAAAGCCCGGGUUCAAGCUGAGUACAGUACAGUGCUUUCCUGGCAUGCCCGAGGCCCUGGCUCCAUCUCAGAACUGAACACAGAAACAAAGAAGAACAGAACCCCGGGGACUGUGGGUGCUGGUGCCCUGUGAACUCCCGUGAUUGUCGCCAACAGCUGCUGUGUUUGAGCAACCUCGCUGAGAAGAAGAAAAUGGCUUGUGUUGAGUUUUCUUUUCAUGUGCCAAGUCUGGAGGAGCUUGCUGAAGUUUUGCAGAAGGGGCUGAAGGACAACUUUGCUGAUGUCCAGGUUUCCGUGGUUGACUGCCCAGAUUUAACAAAGGAGCCAUUUACCUUUCCUGUAAAAGGCAUCUGUGGGCAAACUAGAAUUGCAGAAGUAGGAGGUGUGCCUUACUUAAUGCCUCUUGUAAACAAAAAAAAAGUUUAUGACCUAAAUGAAAUUGCAAAAGAAAUAAAGCUGCCUGGAGCUUUUAUCCUUGGAGCAGGGGCAGGUCCAUUUCAGACGCUUGGGUUCAAUUCCGAGUUCAUGCCAGUUGUUCAGACAGCAAGUGAACACAACCGUCCUGUGAACGGAAGUUACUUUGCCCGAAUUAACCCUGCAGAUGGGACGUGCCUGCUGGAGAAAUACAGCCAAAAAUACCACGACUUUGGAUGCGCACUGCUGGCUAAUCUUUUUGCCAGUGAGGGCCAACCUGGCAAGGUCAUCAAGGUGCAAGCCAAGAGAAGGACAGGACAGCUCAACUUUGUGACUUGCAUGAGGCAGACUCUGGAAGAGCACUAUGGAAACAAGCCUGUGGGCAUGGGAGGCACCUUCGUGGUGCAGAAGGGGAAAGUCAAGGCCCACAUCAUGCCAGCAGAGUUUUCUUCCUGCCCAUUGACCUCAGAUGAAGCUGUUAAUAAGUGGUUACAUUUCUAUGAGAUGAAGGCUCCUUUGGUCUGUCUGCCAGUCUUUGUCUCCAAAGACCCGGGGCUGGAUUUACGACUGGAGCAUACUCAUUUCUUCAGUCAUCAUGGAGAAGGUAGACAUUACCACUAUGAUACCACCCCAGACACAGUGGAGUAUCUUGGCUACUUCUUGCCUGCACAGUUCCUCUAUCGCAUUGAUCAGCCCAAGGAGACCCAUGCGUUUGGGAGAGAUUAAAGCAGCUGAUGCUUGCUUAGAAGAAGAAAUGAUUAAAUCACUAACUCAGGAGCUGAUACUAAUUCAAAAAUCCACUAGAGGGCCCUGAAGAGAGUGCUUCCAUAGCAAGCAAGACCCCAGCUUAACCCCCAGCACAGAAGAAAAACAAUAAGUAAUUUCACUAUGUAAAUGCUAUUUUUAUGGCAUUUGAAAUGCAAGGAUAUGGAUACAUGAUACUCAUUAUUUUGCAUCUUUCAUGUGAAGGAGAUUAUUGGGAACAAACAUACAUAGGCAUACCUCUUGCCUUCUCCUUAAACCUGAACCUUAUGCCAAGGACCCCAACCUGGAUUUAGCAGGAUGGUGGGGAAUGGUUGGGAAUCCUGAGACCUGUUUCUUCCUCUUCCUAAUGGGACUGCAUUCAAGAAAUCUUAUGCUUUUCAAAAAAAAAAAAAAAAAAAAAAAAAAAAAAAAAAAAACGACAAGUUACUGUGUGAUGGUGGUUAGUGUGUGGUGAUGAUGAUUGGAAAAAUUCUUGCUGUUCUGUAUCAUUAGCCAGAAAUCAACUCUCCAACCUUGAUAAUGUCGACAAGGUGUAGGUCUAAGAACUCCUUAGAACUAAGCUACAAAUAAGUGUUCUGAUUCUCUACUUUGUAAUGCACACAACUUGAGUAUAAAUCCCCAAAUUAUUUUUAAAUAAACAUGAUUUUGAGGCAAAACUGAAUAAAAUCAUGUUUAAUAUUG